AUGGUCGGAGACAUCAACCUAUUCCUACGCAUCGACGACGGCGACGAUGGCGACUCGGCACCGCAGCUCAUCGGUGAGAUCGAGCUGAUGGUCGCCGAGAAGGCGAACCAGAGGCGCGGGUUUGGGCGUGCGGCGUUGUUGGUCUUUUUGAGAUAUAUCGCUGAACAUGAGAGUGGUAUUCUGGCGGAGUUUGUGCGAGGUGGGAUUGAUGAGGGGGUGAAAAGGAGGCUUGGGUUGGUCUCUUCUUCUACUACUACUACUACUACUUCUUCUGGUACAGCUACAGCUACAUCUAUAUCUGAGGAGGCAGAGAGAAAGGAAAAAGAACCAAGGGAACCAAAAGAAGGGGAGGAAGAAGGAAAGAAUACCAGAUUGGAAUUCUCCUAUCUGAGCGUGAAGAUUGGGCAGUCCAACACGCGCAGCCUGGCCCUGUUUGAAAGUCUUGGAUUCAGCAAGGUGUCGGAUGAACCGAACUUCUUUGGCGAGUUCGAGCUGCGGCGCGUGGAUUUGAAGAUGAGCUGUAUCUCUGAGGAGAUGUGUCGGGCUGGGGUCGAGGGAUAUUCGGAGAUAGAGUAUCGACCGAGCGAAUAG